GUUGAAGUAGCUCAGGGGUAAAAUACAGGAAGGGCAGUAGGAUGAUAAUCCGAUAAUGGCUAUCCGUGCUGCAACAGUUGUGGCCGUGAAUACUGCUACGGCUACACUCAUAAGAAACUCCUCUGCACUUCGAGCUGCUUCAUUAAGUUUUAAAGUUCCUCCUUUUCCUCAAGGACCCACCAUUCGUAUUACCAGACCUUAUUCGUGUCCAAGAGCAACAAUGGAUGAGGCAUCUGCUGCUAAAGAAGCAGCAGCCUCUGCAAAUUCUGCAGCUCCAACCAUAUUUGAUAAGAUCAUUGCAAAGGAAAUCCCUUCUACUAUCGUAUACGAGGAUGAGAAGGUGUUGGCUUUUCGAGAUGUAAAUCCACAAGCACCUGUUCAUAUUCUACUGAUACCAAAGGCCAGAGAUGGUUUGACACAACUCUCAAAGGCUGAAUUUAGACACAGUGAAAUCUUGGGUGAUCUUCUUUACACUGCAAAGCUGGUUGCUGAGAAGGAAGGUCUCAAGGAUGGGUUUCGUGUAGUUAUCAAUGAUGGACUCGAUGGAUGCCAAUCGGUUUACCAUCUUCACUUGCAUUUGCUUGGUGGAAGACAAUUGAAGUGGCCACCUGGUUGAAUCCUUAAUGAGCAUUGUCCUUUUUUUUUAAUUUGUUUUCAGUAUUUAGUUUCAUUAUACCUUUUUUCGCAGGUUGAAUUGAAACCAUGAACCUUUGAUGUUCAUGGUUUUUCGCAUUUCAAACAUGCUUACAACGGUAGAGCUGAUUUCUUUCAAUCUAUCUGCAUUAAUAAAAUUUUUUACAGAAUGAUAUGGGAGUUUUGCUUUUCAACUCCAAAAGAAUGGCAUUACAGUCAACAAAAAUAAUAGACAAUAAUAAAAAAGGGGAAAAAAGAAAAAGGAGGAGGAGAAGACAUAUAGUUUCUUCACAAACUCAUUUACCUUCUCUGAAAUGGCUGGAUUAUUUUUAGUAUUACCUGUAAUGAAGUAACGAUUGUUUUUGAUAUUA